AUCCAAGCGCAGGCGCAGUGCGGUGUUUGUCUGCCGGACUGACGGGCGGCCGGGCGGUGCGCGGCGGCGGCGGGGAAGAUGGCGGCGUCCUCCCUGGAGCAGAAGCUGUCCCGCCUGGAAGCAAAGCUGAAGCAGGAGAACCGCGAGGCCCGGCGGAGGAUCGACCUCAACCUGGAUAUCAGCCCCCAGCGGCCCAGGCCCAUUAUUGUGAUCACUCUAAGCCCUGCUCCUGCCCCGUCCCAACGAGCAGCCCUGCAGCUCCCGCUGGCCAAUGAUGGGGGCAGCCGCUCACCGUCCUCCGAGAGCUCCCCACAGCACCCCACACCCCCUGCUCGGCCCCGCCACAUGCUGGGGCUUCCGUCAACCUUGUUCACACCCCGCAGCAUGGAGAGUAUCGAGAUUGACCAGAAGCUACAGGAGAUCAUGAAGCAGACGGGCUACCUGACCAUCGGGGGCCAGCGGUACCAGGCAGAAAUCCAUGAUCUGGAGAACCUGGGCGAGAUGGGCAGUGGCACUUGCGGCCAGGUGUGGAAGAUGCGCUUCAGGAAGACGGGCCAUGUCAUUGCUGUCAAGCAAAUGCGGCGCUCGGGGAACAAGGAGGAGAACAAGCGGAUCCUCAUGGACCUGGAUGUGGUCCUCAAGAGCCAUGACUGCCCCUACAUCGUGCAGUGUUUCGGGACCUUCAUUACUAACACGGAUGUUUUCAUCGCCAUGGAGCUCAUGGGCACGUGCGCUGAGAAGCUCAAGAAGCGGGUGCAGGGCCCCAUUCCCGAGCGGAUCCUGGGCAAGAUGACGGUGGCGAUCGUGAAGGCGCUGUACUACCUGAAGGAGAAGCACGGCGUGAUCCACCGUGACGUCAAGCCCUCCAACAUCCUGCUGGACGAGCGGGGCCAGAUCAAGCUCUGCGACUUCGGCAUCAGCGGCCGUCUCGUCGAUUCCAAGGCCAAGACGCGCAGCGCGGGCUGUGCUGCCUACAUGGCACCUGAGCGCAUAGACCCUCCGGACCCCACCAAGCCAGACUACGACAUCCGGGCCGAUGUGUGGAGCCUUGGCAUCUCCUUGGUGGAGCUGGCGACGGGACAGUUUCCCUAUAAGAACUGCAAGACAGACUUUGAGGUCCUCACCAAAGUCCUGCAGGAAGAGCCCCCGCUCUUGCCCGGUCACAUGGGCUUCUCAGGGGACUUUCAGUCCUUCGUCAAAGACUGCCUUACUAAGGAUCACAGGAAGAGACCAAAGUAUAAUAAGCUACUUGAACACAGUUUCAUCAAGCGCUACGAGAUGCUGGAGGUAGACGUGGCAUCCUGGUUCAAGGAUGUCAUGGCGAAGACCGAGUCACCGAGGACUAGCGGAGUCCUGAGCCAGCACCACCUGCCCUUCUUCAGGUAGCCACGUGGUGGCGGCCAGCCCCACCGGGGGCCGGGGGCAUGGCCACAGGCCCCCCCUUCCCCACCUGGCCACCCAGCUGCCCGCCAGGGGAGACCUGGGAUCUGGAUGGCUGCUGAGGGCUGAGGACAGAAAGUAGGGGGCGCCGACCCACCCCCGACUCCCUGCCCACCAGCUGUGGACAGAUGGGCUCGCCAGGCCCCAGCCCUUCCCGUCCCGGGGUCAGCCGGCCGUGCGCGUCCCCCUGACAGACACUGUGAACGGAAGACAGCAGGCCACGAGCAGACUCGCUAUUUAUUCAGUCGUAACCUCUGGGCUGGGGCAGCCCCCAGGGCCCGGGAGAGAGCCGCCCGUCCUGCCCCUUCCCUCCCCACCCCACCCGCUGUGUGUUGUCCCCUCUGCCUCCCCUCUGCGAACACGUUCCUUGUGUCUAUCCCCUCUCUCUCAUCCCUUGUCUACCUCUCUGGCUUUCCCCACCUCCUUCCCAGCCUCUGCCUCUCUCCUGGCCCAGAUCUGGGCUCUGCCACCCCCAGGGGUGAGGGGGGGACCCCUGGGUCCACUUAGGUCUCCGGCAACGGCGAGUCGGUCGGCUGGUGUCUUCGCCCCAGGAAGGCGGGCUGGGCGUUAUGACUACAGCUGGACCUGGGCUGGUCUUUCUCUCUCUCUCUCUUUCUCUCUCGCUCUCUCUCUCUCUCUCGCUCUCUCUCUCUCUCUCGCUCUCUCUCUCUCUCUCUGUCUUUCUCUGUCUCUCUUUGAUCUCAGGGGGUCCUUUUUGGAGUUUAUUGUAUUUUAUUGUACUUGGUGGGGUGUUUGGGGGGUGGGGGGAGAAGAGCUUGUUCUCACGGGGUUUGUCGGUACCUUCAGAAACUUUUACCAAAGUCAUGUUUAGCUGCUUGCGGUGCAGCCCCUGACCGCCUGUGGGCACGGGCGUCUGGGGCUGGGGGCCAAGCCCCAAAGGUGGGCUCUGGGGGCGUUCCUCCUCCCUCGGGGCCAGCCCUCGGGGCUGGAGACUGGCCACAGCUUGGGGGGUGAGUUGAGGACCUCAGGGGGCAUGGAGGGAGCCCAAGGGGCCGCGGCCACACAGGGUGGCCUUCAGGGAAGGCGGGCACAGGGCACGCCGAGGGCAGCAGGCGCUGCCACGGCAGGGAGGUGGUGGAAGGAGUCGGUGGCAGAAGCAAGCGGGGCCAUGGAGCCCCGGGGAGGCGGGGAUCGAGGGUGCAAGCGGUGAGCGUGGGGGUUCGAGGACGUGUGGCGGGACAGAGGUGGGGCUGGCUGAAGGCUGGGCGUGUGCAGACAGUCACGCCCUCGUAGUGCCCCUGAGCGCCCCUCGACUCCCCCAGAGCUGGCCAGUCCGCCCGAGCCCUGUGCAGCAGCCAGAAUGGGAGGGGGUGUGUUUCCUUUUUGUUGGUGAUGCAUGCAAACCAAGUGGACGACAAAACAAAACAAAACGAAAAAAAAACAAAAAACCCACCAACACCAAAGGUGAGGAACUUGGCCGGAUGUAGCUGAAGCAGUCUAGACCUAGGCAUCCCUGUAUUCUCUUGUUCCUGUCCAUACUCACGAAAUGCCGCAUGUUUAAAAGUACGCAAGUUCUCUGCUCUUUGCCCCCCCUCCCCGGGAGGGGAACGGCCACCUUCUCCCGCCCCGGUCUCCUUUGUGAGGGGAUGGGCGCAGGGUGGGGGGCCGACAGGCCUGGCCCCCCAUCCUCCCUCGCCUGGCCCGGCCAGGGGGGCCUUUGUGGGUAGCUGGAAGGUUCCAUGGCUGGUCCCAGGGCCAGCGCAGGCCCUAGGCCGGCCACCUGGAUUUACUUUUAUUUAACUAUUUUCUGUUUUGUGAGUGUGUCUGCCCACCCCUGCCCUCCUUCAGUGUUAAGUGGGAGUUCUGGGGGAACCUCUUCCCCUCUGCCUCUUUUCCUGACCUGCCCUCCGUCACCGGUCACCAGCCCUCCCUCUUGACCAGGCAGAGGGUGGAGCGGGCGGGCAGGGGCCUGGGGUGGCCCACAGCCCCCUUCUCUGGUCGCCAGUAUUCCCCUGUCCCUUUUUAAAAUGAAAUGCCCUUGUUUGUAAAUCCUUAGACGCUUGAGAAUAAAACCCCUCCCUUUUCUUCCA